AUGAUAAACAUGGCUGCGGUUAAACUCCAGAAGAGUGUUGUGAGUCAGGCUGGGAAACACACAGCUUCUGUUAUCUUUCUUCACGGCUCAGGAGACACCGGGCCAGGCCUGCGCAGCUGGGUUUUGGAUGUUUUAGGACAAAAUUUGGCAUUUGAAAACAUCCGGGUGAUUUAUCCCACAGCGCCACUCAGGCCGUACACACCCAUGCGAGGGGCGCCGUCUCAUGUAUGGUUUGAUCGUCACAAGAUUUCUCAGCAUUGCCCCGAGCACCUGGAGUCUAUAGAUUCCAUGUGUGAUCAUUUAAGUGCCAUUGUGCAGGAUGAGCUCCGAGCCGGGAUCCCAAAACACAGGAUGGUUAUUGGUGGUUUCUCCAUGGGUGGAGCCAUGGCACUUCAUCUGGUCUGCAGGCACCAUCAGGACAUUGCUGGCUGCUUCUGUCUGUCCAGCUUUCUUAACAAAGACUCAGCGGUGUAUCAGGCAGUAGAAACUGCACAGCGCCCCCUACCUGAGCUCCUGCAGUGUCACGGCACAUCAGACGAGCUGGUUUUCCAUGACUGGGGCGAGAAGACGAACACGCUGCUGAAAAAAGCUGGACUCAAUGCAUCUUUCCAUUCCUUCCCAGACCUCAACCAUCAGUUGUGUCGACAAGAACUGGAGUUGCUUCGCUCCUGGAUCCUGAAGAAGCUUUCCAUUUAAAGAGUCCUUAAUUCUGGACAAUGACCACGGCCUCUUCGUCCAGUUACCAGUAUUUACAUGUUGUCAUGCAAUAUGAAUAUAUUAAUUUUGUUUAACAUAAUCUUAAAGGGGGGGCACAGUUGCUCAGUGGUUAGCGCUGUGGCUUUACAGCAAGAAGGUCACUAGUUCGAGUCCCGGCUGGGUCAGUUGGCAUUUCUGUGUGGAGUUUGCAUGUUCUCCCCAUAUUGGCGUGGGUUUCCUCGGGUGCUCCGGUUUCCCCAACAGUCCAAACACAUGCGCUAUAGGGGAAUUGAUGAACUAAAUUGCCUGUAGUGUGUGAAUGAGAGCGUAUGGGUGUUUCCCAGUAAUAGGUUGCGGCCGGAAAGUUGCCACAGUGAAAUGAACCACCAACUAUCCCACCAUAUGUUUUACACAGUGGAUGUCAUUCCAGCCACAUCCCAGUAUUGGGAAACACCCAUACACUCAUUCACACACACACACCUAUACACUACGGCCUAUUUAGUUCAUCAGUUGACCUUUAGCGCAUGUGUUUGGACUGUGGGGGAAACCGGAGCACCCGGCGCUAUAGGUGAAUUGCCACUACACCACGGGCGCCGACAAAAAUAUUAAUUAUUGUUUUAGAGUGUUACAAAAAUGAUGCUGAAUUGAUGGCGCAUCCACAGCUGUAUCCUAUCUAGAGUACACCAUAAACAGUAACAUGAUUCAAAUACAGAAAAUCAUGAUUUCAGAGUAUUUGUACAAGUCGGGAUUCCAACCCAAAAGGCAUUUUCAGCACAGUAACAGCGUGCACACGCACAGUCCACUAGGUAAUGUGAGACAGAAGAUUUUUCUGACCCUGUCAGUCAAACGCAGAUUCGUCAGGUCUUGAAACGCUUCGGAAAUGAGCGAUGCUUUGAAUCGCUUUAGUCACGUGACCAGGUGCUCUCCAGAGAGCUUUCAGUCGCUCGCCGCGCUUCUAUAUUUAAAUUACGUUUUUGGGCAGAUAAUACAUGAACAAACUGCCAUGUUUAACUAUUAUCAUCACCUUUUGGACUAUUAUGAACUCGCAAUGACGGAAUUACUCUCUAACAGAGGCUACAUGUGCUGCUGAAGAUUACAGACACAGAUGAGAGGUUUACACUGACUGUAGGCUAUAUUUAGUGUUGUUUUUGAACCCAAAUAAGGACUAAAUGUCUGCUGUGUGUAGUUUAUCUGUAAUUGGUAACAUAUCAGAGACUGUAAGGGGCUGUAUGUGUUCAUCUAACAGAGGCUACAUGUGCUGCUAAAGAUUAAAGAUACAGAUGAGAGGUUUACACUGACUGUGGGCUAUAUGUUGCAUGUUGUUUCUGAACCCAAAUAAGGACGAAAUGUAUGCUGUGUGUAGUUUUUCUGUAAUCGAUGCUUUGAAUCGUUUUAGUCACGUGACCAGGUGUUUCGAAACACUUUAGUCACGUGACCUGGGUAUUUCGGAUCAUGCGUUUCGAAACACUUGCACUUCAGGAUCUCGACACUUUGUCGAAACGUCAGUUUAACGUCAGCCAUACCUAGAAAGCACGUGCUCUCAUAAUUAAUUAAGAAGCAGGGCCUUCCCAUAGGAUAAGAAAACUCAUCUAUGAAUAAUAACGAGAAACCGACGCGAAAAUGUCGCCCCAAAAAUGAUUUUAAAGCCGGAAGAUGAAAUUAGCUGACAAAAUUAUCCAAAUUUUUAAUGAGUUUUUACCAUAAUUAAAGCUGACAGGAGCUAACGUUGUCUUAGCUGAUGCUCAACACACACACAUCUGUUCAAAUCUUUAACAAAAGGUACUCCAUGUUGUCUUAAGCAAUAUUUUUUCGAUUGUCUAACUAUCAAUAUACAACGACUUGCUUAAUUAACCUAGUUAAGCCUUUAAAUGUCACUUUAAGCUGAAUACUAGUGUCUUGAAGAAUAUCUAGUCUAAUAUUAUGUACUGUCAUCAUGGCAAAGAUAAAAUAAAUCAGUUAUUAGAGAUGAGUUAUUAAAACUGUCAUGUUUAGGAAUGUGUUGGAAAAAAAUGUCUCUGUUAAACAGAAAUUGGGGAAAAAAUAAACAGGGGGGCUAAUAAUUCAGACUUCAGCUGUACAUAUAAAUGUUCAUACGUUUUUUUAAAGUGAAAAUAUUCAAAACUUUAAGGAUUUAAGACGCUCUUGUUAAACUCGCUCUUGUGAAAGGGCCGUAUAAACCUGGAUUUACCAGCAUGAGCUCCACCUCACAAAGGCUCUACUGAUUGUGCAGACUUCAUAGCCUGUAGCGCAAACCGCUUGAAAGUGUUCAGUCAGGCACAUUCUGCAGGCCGUGAUGAUGACUCUUCCAUGGAGUCUGGUUUGGCCUGUGGAUUCUGUGGUCAGGCCGAAACGGCAGGUAGAACUAUCACACCGGAGGGGAGAAAUGCCACUCGACUCUGUGGUUUGGACGUAAAAUCCGGUCUGUUUGGCACCGUCCCGUUUCCUGCAGAGCGAGGUAUCUCUUCUACCCCCUUUUUUUCCCCUCCGCACCAUUAAUGUUCGCCAUGAAAUCUGCUCUACAUGUGUUUGGAGGUUUGCUCGGUUUUCUUGAUCGUCCCGAAUGGUAGCUUCAUUAAUGGUUAUAGGGAGGAAGUGGUUGGCAGGUUUAAAGUCCUGUAGAUGUUCUGCUUGGUUUGUUUUGUGAGGCUACAGGCCAGUACCAACAUGCGCCAUCUGGACACUGCACUCAAAAAACGAUGACUUUUGCUGCUUGUUCAGACUACUUAUUUAAAAUGAGCUGAAACAACACAACUCUUGAGUUUUUUUAGGGAACAUCUUAAUUGUUUUAUGUUCAAUCAACUUAAAUUUGUAAAAACAAUUAUGUUAAAUGAAUCAGUUUGUGUUGGGACAACAUGAAGGAAUUGUAUGCAAUCCUGAAUUUUUUGCAUUUAAAAUGCUGGGUUCCUUCAUGUUGUCCCAAAGCAAUUCAAUUAAGUUGCCUUAAUUGUUUUUACAAAUUUAAGUAAGUAAGAAAACACGUUCACACUAGCUAAACAUACCGUACUAUGACGUCAAACGAACCCGGUGCAGACCAAAAGUGAUAGUGUGAAAGCACCCAGGGGUGUAGCAACCGGGGGGGACGGGGGGAUCCGUACCCCUCACUUUUAGAGACAGACCAUUUAGAAACAGGUGAUUAAUAAUUAUAUGAACGUAAGAUCUCAUACAGCUGUGCCCCCCACUUUUAAAAUGUCCGCUACGCCCCUGAAAGUGUUAUUUAUUGCUGCUCAGUAACCAAAUAAUACAGCACAAAUUAAUAAGGAAAAACAAACAAUAGUCCAUUUGUCUUUAGACUUAAAAAUAAGUGAAAAAAGUGGCAUUUAAACAUAAGUAAUAACUUUACAUUGAAAAUAAAAGACAGAACAACUGAAUAAAUAAAUAAAAAUAAGAAUAAAUUUAAAUAGUAUUUGUCUAAUGUAAAUCUAAGCUAGAUAUUAGAUAAGUAUUUCCCUAUUAAAGAGAAAAAAUGUAGUCGAAGGCUGCUGAACCGCUGUCUGAAAGACACUGUUGAUCAACUACAUUACACAGUUGUUUGGUAUUUGAAUGGCCUUUAGUUAACAGACUCAAGCAUAGUUCAAAUCAGCCUUUAAUCCAGUGUGCGUGUGUAUUGUGUACAAGCUUGGAACGUUAAACUAGCGCACAGUUGGCGUAACUUUAUUUUGUUGCAGCAGUUUUGUUCCGUGCAGAAACACAGUGUUGACAAGCCUUUGCGAUUAAUUAACCGUGACGAAUUAAAGUGUGAUUUAUAGUGAAAUCUGUUAAUCAUUGCAUCCCUAAUUCAUUCAUGUUGUGCCAACGCAAAUUUAUAAAUAUAAGUUGAUUGGACAUAAAAAAAUUAAGUUGUCCCAAAAAAAAAAAUUAAGAAUUAUGUUGUUUCAGAUCAUCUCAAAUAGUUUAAAUAAGCAGCAAAGAUUGAUUUAAAAUUAAUUUGUUAAAGAUACUGCAAAUAUAACUUGCAAGGAGCACAGAGAGACUAUACUAUUCCCACGCCAACGCGGGUAACAUGCAAACUCCACACAGAAAUGCCAACUGACCCAGCCGGGAUUCGAACCAGUUUGCUUCUCCUCUAGAUUAAAGAUAACAAAUUAAAUUAUACAUAAUGUCAAAUAUUUGAUCCAGAUAAAUGCAGCCUUGAUGCAGCUUCUAAUAGUUAAGCAUAAAUCUAUUUGACCUCUUUCAGCGUUCUUUGAAGUGUUUAGGUUUUACCAAAUGAAUGCUCCAUAUUCAGAGCCGGACUGCACAUUUGAAUCUGUGUGUGCUUGGAUUAAAGUUUUUUUUUGGG